AUGUUAUUUUUUCUUUUUUGUUCCGUGUCUCUGUUACAACCACUCGGGGUGUAUUGUAGUGCUAUAUCGGAAGAUAUUGAUGCGUUUGUAAAUGAAAUUAUGAAGAGUUUAGGAAAAGCAAAAAUUUCUACGGAUAUCAAAUCCUUUGUUUGCAGUGAGAACCAUAGAAGAUGCUUGAACCUGUUCAAAAUGAAAAGUAAAUACGAUAGGAACCUGCUCAUUCUUAAGACAGGAGAAAUAAAAAAGUUGAACCAACAAAGAAUGUCGAGCUAUACCAACCUAUUCAAUGGAAUAUACACGAGUAUAUUAACGUUUAAGAAUCAGUUGGAUCCACAGAUUAAAGCAUACGAUACUGGUUUGUUGAAACUCAGACUUUCAAAUGUUUUGGACGUUAUCCAAAAUACGAUCAAAGAACUUUUGGAGCAGCAAAAGGCCUAUCACACAAUUUAUUUGGGAAUCAUAAACAACAGCAUCGCUCAAAAUUUUUCUGAAGAAUGUGUUGAUGCACACUUCAAAUCCAUAAUAAAUAACAGCAAGAAUGAGAUCAACCAAACAGAAAUGAAGAAAGCUCUGUUUGAGGUUGAACAGGUAUCACUAUUUGCCGUAUUAGAUGAACUAUUAUAUUUUGAAACGAAGUUAUGA